CGUGAUUGAGAGGCACAAUUUGGGAUCGCCAGGUCAUCGCAACACCUUUCAACAUGGCGCACCCGAAUGUCAAGCGACGCAAGAUCGCUCACACGCCUUCGAGUGACGCCGACGACCGCGACAAUGAUUCGUUUGCGUCGUUUAGCGACGAGGAAGAAACACCUUCUUAUGGGGCAUCACGAGCACGCGCAACAAAUGGAGAUGUGAGACAGAAAGAGCUCGGAGACAGCCGUGGCAGUGGAAAGUCAGGAACUGGAAGCGCGCCGGUCACUGCGACAAAGACCAAAGCCGCCAAUGGCGAGAUGGCGCAUAGCAAGCCUGCACAAAGCCGGACGAAAAAGCCUUCCUCAUCCAUGGAACAGAAUAUGUUGGCGAGUGGAACGUUCAAGAGCAAUGCUUUCAGAAUGCAAGUUGAUGAGCUCCUUGGCCAAAUCCGUCCGAAAUCCGGGAAGCUCCAGAAGGCCGCUGAAAAAGCGUUGCAUGCGCUCAAAAACACGAUCGAGCAGAUACCUAGCACUAAGUCAAUGGCGUUGGAAGAGGCAGAACGUGGAUUGUUAAAGCACAAAGUCGCGAUACCUUUCCCAGACCCACGUCCGCCAAAAGAUGCCAAAUACAAAUUCACGUACGAAAAGCCCGUCAAUAUCAACAUUGUUGGUAGCUUCGCCUUGAAGACAACGCCGAGGUCGACAGAUGGCAUCGAGGUUGACAUGAUCGUGACGAUACCUGCUGGCGUGUUCGAGGAGAAGGACUUCCUCAACUACCGGUAUUUCUACAAGCGUGCUUAUUAUUUAGCUUGCAUCGCAAAUGCUCUGAAGGCUUCUCAUAAGCAAGACUACCAGUUACGAUUCAAGCUGUUCCGGGACGAUAGCCUCAAACCAAUUCUAGUGGUCUCUCCUCUAGAUCCUGCUUCGUCUGAUCAGGCCCCUGCGUUGAGAUGGCAGAUCAAUAUCAUCCCUUGUGUUGCUCAGGACCAAUUUGCAUCGGAAAAGCUUGGACUCCAGCGAAACUGCAUUCGAAGCCUCGACACUUCGACGGAAAAUACUUCUGUCACCGCCGCUUUGCCCACACCAUUCUACAAUUCUUCUUUGCGCGCCGACAUGCUCAUGACGUCGAUGCUGAAGCUCGUACACACAGCUAAGAAGAAUUGCGAGGAUUUCACAGACACUUGUCUGCUAGGUGCGACAUGGCUUCGUCAGCGUGGAUUCGGCUCAUCGGUCAGCAAUGGCGGGUUCGGUAAUUUUGAGUGGGCCGCAAUGUUGGCUUUAUGUCUCCAAGGCGGUGGUCCCAACAACAAACCGCUUCUCAGCAAUGGCUACAGCAGCUACCAGUUAUUCAAAGCUCUGCUUCAGCUAUUCGUUGUGAAAGACUUCUCAAAACAACCGUUGAUAAUUGGUCUUACGAAUGAGACACCGAAAUCUUUGCAUAAUUCUCCUGUUGUGUGGGACGGAGAGCACGCACACAAUUUGUUGUACAAGAUGCAACAAUGGUCAUAUAAGUUACUGCGGUAUGAAGCAAAGACGACCCUCAUGGUCCUCGGAGACCAGAUCCAUGAUGGAUUCGAGGCGACCUUUAUUCAGCGGAUACAAGAACCUUUGCUGAGGUUCGAUCAUGUCUUGCAGCUACCGCUCGAGUCACUGCUUGGUCCUGAUCGCGCAGCCGACGAACGCAAAUCAUUUGAGAAGCUCAACAAAAUUCUCAUACAGGGCCUGGGCGACCGUGUGAACCAGCUCAGCAUCACGACAAGCGCAUCCGGUUCUUGGACUUUGGGAUCUUCACGGCCACAAGUCGCUCGGACAGCACAAGUCACCAUCGGUGUCAUCGUCAACCAGAGCACUGUAGACCGAAUCGUUGAUCACGGACCGUCAGCAGAGCACAAAGCUGAAGCCGCUGCAUUUCGGGACUUCUGGGGCGAGAAGGCUGAGCUUCGUCGUUUCAAGGAUGGUAGCAUCCUUGAAAGUUUAGUCUGGUCGUCCCCAAGCGCAGGAGUGCCCAUCGUCGAGCAAAUCGUCCGUCACCUGCUCCAUCGUCAUAUCAGCCCGGAGGCGGCGAAUGCAAUUGUAGUUUUGGGCCACAGUUUUGCCAAAUAUCUCAGAGGUGGCACUGACAUAUCUAGUUUUGCGCCCGUCAUGGAGAGCUUCAAGCGGCUGGAACACGACAUCCGAUCGAUUGACGAUCUUCCUCUUUCGAUCAGGGAGAUAGCUCCCGCCGAUUCUCAGCUCCGAUACGCGUCGGUCGAGUUUCCAGCAUCGAACAAGAUAGCACAGCGUAUGCGGCCUGCAGACAUUGUUCUGCAAUUCGAGGGCUCGGCACGAUGGCCAGAUGAUCUCGUCGCUAUUCAAAGGACCAAAAUCGCUUUUCUGCUGAAGCUACAAGAUUCCCUCAACAGCGGCGUUGAUUCACUGACAAGUCGCGUUGGGUUGGAGAACGAAGGCCAGGAAGUGUUGAACCAGGGAUUCCUUGACAUCACCUAUGACCAGGUGACCACUUUCCGACUUCGGAUCCACCACGACCGCGAACAAACCUUGUUCCAGCACCAACUCAAGGACAAAUCGUCGGAUCCAAAGACCCGGGAGAUUGCGGCCACUGGCCUUGCCAAGUAUAAGCGAGACAACAUCAAAGUCCCAGCCCACACCCAAGCCAUCGUGCGCCUCUGCACUCGACAUGCUGCCCUCAGUGGUGCCAUACGCUUGACCAAAAGAUGGUUCGCGUCACAUCUGCUGACGCACCACAUCGCGGAGGAGAUCAUCGAACUCCUCGUCGCCCACACCUUCACGCGACCCUGGCCAUACCAAGCGCCCACCAGCGUACAGUCCGCUUUCCUCCGCACCCUCUCAUGGAUCUCCCGCUGGGACUGGCGCCUCGACCCGCUCGUCGUGGACCUCAGCGACACCAACGAACUCCAGCCCGCGACGGUCCAAAGCAUCACCACCCGCUUCGAAGCCUGGCGCAAGCUCGACCCGUCCCUGAACCGCAUCGCCCUCUUCGUCGCCACCAACCUCGACCCCGACGGCAACACCUACAGCGACGGCCGACCCGCCACCGUCGUCGCCGCCCGCAUGACCGCCCUCGCCAAAGCCGCCUGCGCCGAGAUCUCCUCGCAACAACUCGCCCUCGCCCUCCCCUCCCUCUUCUCCUCGCCCCUCGCCGACUUCGACUUCGCGCUGCACCUCGACCGCCGAGCCUGCGGCGGCGGCGACGCGAACGCGGGACCGGCCUCGGGCGGCGCGGGGUUCAAGAACCUCGAACUCGCGGCGCUGGACGACACGGACUCGCUCGGCCACGACCCCGCGCGCGAUCUCCUGCUCGAACUGGAAGAAGUCUUCGGCUCCGCGGUGGUCUUCUUCCGCGGCGGCGACGCCGCCGUCGGCGCCGGGAGGUUCGCCCUCGCGGGCCUCUGGAGGCCGCAGACGGCGCGGCGAGGCUGGAAGGUCAAUCUGGCGUAUUCGACGAUCCCCCUCGCGGGCCCUCCUGCCGCUGCUGCUGGUGCUGGGACGGAGGAUGACGGUGGUGGGGAGGAGGAGGGCGAGGCGCAGGCGGCGAUCAACAAAUCGGCCAUGUUGGCGGAGAUGGUCAGGAUAGGGGGCGAUCUGAUCGAGAAGGUGGACGUGCAUGGGCAUUGACGGAGGAGUGUAUAUGUCGAUUCGUAGAAAAGAUAGAUCCGAGGGAAGACACGAUGUCAUUUUCCACGCCCCCUCCAAUUUUUUAUUUCUUUUUUCGAGUGUCUCCGAUC